CUCUUCACAUCGAAAGGAAUAAUGAGAAACAUGCUGACGCCGUACGUGUGGCACUUUUUGGGCAGUGUCCUUUGCAUUAUCAUUAUUAUACAACAGUGGACGAUUCAGAUGGCGAUCCAAGAAUUUCGAACAGGGGCUCAAGUAGUACCUCAAGUGGCACCUAAAGUGGUACCUCCAGUGGCAGUGGCACCUCCACUAAUACCACCGAUGGUAACCAAAGUGGUCACUGCAGUACCAAUUACAAAUCCUCCUGCUGCGACAACUGAAGCCACGUUCGACGCGCUUCCCGAGUUUGACGAGAGAUUGUUGAGCCACGUGAAAAGCAUUUUGGUCAAACCGAACAAUCGAAGCGUCCCCUACGCUCUGCAAAACCCAAACGCCGCCGACUAUUCUCAGGAAUACACCGGCACUUAUAUUCUCUCCCUGUUGAAAAACAAAACGAACGGCUUCUUCUUUGAAUGCGGUGCGUUUGACGGCGAGACCUUUUCCAACAGCCUGGCGCUGGAAAAGUAUUUCAACUGGACAGGUUUGCUGGUCGAAGGAUCGCCAAAAAACGUUAAGGUCUUGCUGACCAAGAAAAGACGGUCGUGGAUUUCACCGACUUGUCUCAGCACGACCAGAAAAUCCAUGAAAGUCACGUUCCUGGACAGCACCAACACUGGGAAAAUCCUCGGAGGAGCGAAUCAUAGCGUGGCAAAGCCCCCGAAAUACGGCUCCGUGGUCCAAUCUUUUUGCGUUCCCUUCAAUACGUUGAUGAAAGUUCUGGACAUUAAGCACAUCGAUUACCUCACUCUGGACGUUGAAGGCCCGGAAUAUGAAAUUCUCCAGACGAUUGACUUCAAAAGUGUGACGAUCGACGUGAUGGCUGUGGAGUUUUAUUAUCGUCCGCCUGAAAUCUACCAGGAAAUUCUCAAAAUUAUGACUGGAAAUGGAUUCGUCAUGGUAAAAAAAACGAGAUUCGAUUCAAUCUUUGUGCACAGCAGAAUUUACCAACCCUCGAUGGCUGCAACAACAAAAAAGACUUUGUGAAAAAGUCAAUUUCUAUUCUUUAUUUGAUUGAUGCUCCGAAAUCAAGUUUGUGAGAAUGGGCCAAUUUUGUUUGAUCAAUUUUUAUUAUUGAAGAGAAUGAAAAGCUUUUUUUGUGUGUGGGAAUGCUUGAGAUUUUCAAACAACCAUUCUUACACAUUUAAAACUAAUUUUUAAUCUAUGAUUAUUCAUUUGCGUCUUUUAGUAAACGUUUUAGUUCGAUAUUCACAGAAAAUAUAAACUUUUUUUUGAGAAAAUGAAAAUGGAACAAUGAAACGGGGUAUUUUUUAUUCUUCCCUCUACCCAAUACUGCGACAUAAAUCUCUUUUUUUUGUCAAUUGUUCAAAAUAAUCUUCUGAUUGUGAGUUGUGCCAAAUUUGUAAAGAAAUCAAAAAUUUAAUGAUGUAUCUAUCCUAUUUUUGAGAUUUUAUUGUGUAUUUUCAUAAUAAUCACGCCAUGAAAAACCAAUAUUACAAUCUAAAAUCUUAAAAAAUGGAUUAAACAAAAAGCUGCUAAUAAUAUCCUUCUACAACUUAAAAAAUGUGUUCCGUCAUCAAGAAAUUUUAUCAUCUAAACAAUUUUUUUACUUAUCAUUAAAUUUAUUUUAAAUUAUAAAUGAAUUUUUGUGUAAAGAGAAUAAUUGUGGACCUGGCAACAAACCCACAUUAAGAGAA